UCAUUUUUUGAGAAAUAAUUUUCCAUUCUCUUCCUUUCCUCUCAUUUCUUUCUAUCCCUUCGAUCCAAACACAAUACAAGGGUGACUGAAGCGGUAAACAAUCUCCGUAGCCAAUCACCAAGAACAAACUUCCCUUCCCAUUGGAGAAAUUGCGAAGUGAGUGUGUCUGUGACCAAACCCCAUCCCAUCAAAAUCUCCCCAUUUCAGGUUGCCUAGAGCGAGAAACAAAAAAAUCUAGAGAGAGAAAGAGAGACAACCCAUUUCACAGGCCUUCUGAUCCUCUCUCAGUCCCAUCUCAAACCCAUCUCCGACCUUGCGAGCCGAGCGAUUCCACCCACCCACCAACCAUGUUCCGCCAAGCAGCCACUCGCCUCGUCCCCCGAUCCACCCUCGCCGCCCGCUCCACGGCGGUCCGGACGUUCUCCACCGACCUCCCGGCGACUCCGGCGACCGAUGAGAAGUUCGUCGAAGCGUGGAGGAAAGUGAUCCCCAACAUAGACCCACCCAAGACCCCUAUGGCCUUCAUGGGUCCUCGCCCUCCCACCCCAUCUUCGAUCCCUUCGAAGCUCACUGUCAAUUUCGUCCUUCCCUAUGCCCCUGAGCUCUCCAACAAAGAGGUUGACAUGGUCAUAAUACCAGCAACAACUGGGCAGAUGGGUGUUCUUCCUGGACAUGUAGCGACAAUUGCAGAGCUGAAACCUGGGGUUAUGUCAGUGCAUGAAGGGAAUGAUGUGACGAAGUAUUUCGUCAGCAGCGGGUUUGCAUUCAUCCAUGCAAACUCUUUUGCAGAUAUAAUUGCGGUCGAGGCCGUGCCGGUCGAUCGAAUAGAUCCAGCCCUGGUCCAAAAGGGGCUUGCUGAGUUUACCCAGAAGCUGAGCUCGGCCUCAACCGACUUGGAGAAAGCUGAAGCCCAAAUUGGAGUGGACGUUCAUAGUGCUCUCAAUUCAGCUCUCACAGGCUAGUGUUACUAGUCUGUGCUCCUUAAUUUGAUAAUUCCGAAAAUUCUCUUUUGGCCUCUUUAGACUGCCUCAUCAACUCAGAUUUGUCUCACAGCCGAAACUGCUUUGAAUAUCUUUGUUUUGUUUUUUCCUUCCCUUGUUGUUGAAUGUGGAAAUGAUAAAUCAUCUCUGAAUUAAUUUUAUUGUGUGGUCUCCGUGAUUUUGAGAAAAGUUAUAAACGAGAGAAACUAUGCAUUUCUCUUCCCUUC